AUGCGGGAGGGGACCCGGGGCGGGGGCAGCUCCUGGCCGGGAUUCACCGCCGCGCUCCCUCCCGGCCCCGCGGGCGCUUCCUUCCCCCGCCGGGGCCGCUAUAAAGGGCGCGGCCGGGAGCGGAGCUCCGUGCUCAGCUCGGGCCGCCGCCGGCCGCCCCCUCCGCGGGCCAUGCGGCCGCUGCUGCCGCUGCUGCUGCUGCUCGGGCCGCUGGCGCUGGCGCAGCCCCGGGAGCCGCUCCCCGCGGGCGCGCAGUGCCUGGAGCACGAGUGUUUCGCCGUGUUCUGGGAGUCCCGGCCUUUCUCCGGCGCCAGCGAGGGCUGCCAGCGGGCCGGGGGGCACCUCAUGACCGUGCGCUCCACCGUGGCCGAGGAGGCGAUCGUGCUGCUGCUGCAGAACCGCCCGGGCCGGCUCUGGCUCGGGCUGUCGCUGUCGCCCACCUUGUCCUGCACCGAGCCCGGCUGGCAGCUCCGCGGCUUCCGCUGGGUCACGGGCGACAGCAGCACCGAUUACACCAACUGGGCUCCGUCGGGGAAGCGCUGCGGCGAGCGCUGCGUGACCGUGUCCCGGGAGCUGAGCUGGGAGGAGCGGCACUGCGAGGAGCCGGCCGACGGCUUCCUCUGCCAGUACAGCUACGGCGGCAGCUGUCCCCGCCUGGCCGCCCCGCACGGCGCGACCGUCAACUACCGCACCCCGUUCGGCGCCCGCGGAACCGAGUUCCUGGCGCUGCCUCCGCUCAGCCUGGCCUUCGUCCCCGAGCUCGGGCUAGAGCUGCGCUGCGAGGACGGCGAGGGCGCGGGCCCGCGCUGGGCCCGGGAGGCUCCGGGAGCGUGGCCGUGCCGGCUGGCGGGCGGGGGCUGCGCGGGGACGUGCGCGGAGGAGCGCGGGGAAGCGCGCUGCUCCUGCCCCGAGGGCGCGCUGCUGGCCGCGGACGGGCGCGGCUGCCGCUCGCCCUGCGAGGGGGCGCAGUGCCAGCACCACUGCGUGGUGGCCGGGGACUCCUUCGUGUGCAUGUGCGCCGUCGGCUACCGGCUGGCGGCCGACGGCAUCAGCUGCGAGGACAUCGACGACUGCGCCGCCGAGCCCGGCCCCUGCGAGCAGGAGUGCGUGAACACCCAGGGCGGCUUCGAGUGCCGCUGCCACCGCGGAUGGAGGAUGGAGGACGGGCGCUGCCAGCGGCUGCCCGCCUGCUGGGAGGCUCCGUGCGAGCACUUCUGCGAGGAGCUGCCGCACGGCUACCGCUGCUCCUGCCAGCCCGGCUACGCCGUGGACCCGCUGAACGCCACCCGCUGCGUCCUGUUCUGCAACACCACCGAGUGCCCGCCCGUGUGCGACGCCACCGGCUGCUAUUGUCCCGAGGGGUUCCUGCUGGACGGCGAAAUCUCUCUGUGCACGGACGUGGACGAGUGCAAUGGCAACCACUGCCAGUUCAACUGCACCAACACCCCCGGCAGCUUCCAGUGCCGCUGUCCCAGCGGCUUCCACCUCCGCGGCAUCGACUGCGUCCCCGUCCUGGGCGGGGGGGACGGCGAGGAAGAGUUCUCGGGGGACUUGGAGCCCGGCUCGCCCACGGCCGUGCCCAGCCGGGCCCCGCCGAAAGCGGAGGGGCUGCACCCCGGGGCGCUGGUGGGCAUCGCCGCCGGAGCCCUCCUGAGCCUCCUGGCCCUGCUGGCUGCCGGGUUCCACCUGGCCAGGAAGCGCUGCGGCUCCCGGGGCUCGGGGGAUUACAAGUACAGCGGCCCCCAGGAGAAGGAGCUGGGGCUGCAGCCCGUCCCCGCCGCGCAGAAGCCGUAGGGACAGCGGGCAGGACGGACAGCGGGAGGCCGAACUGCGGGACCUUUACCCUCCCCUCCUUCCCCCACUCCGCCCCUCCCGGCUGGAAUUUUCUGGUGGGUAAUUCGGGAGGAGCUGCCAUCACCCCGCUCCCAGAAAUAACUGCUCUCGUCCCAGCCGCCUCUUGGAACUCUGGCGCCGGAGAGCUGGGACGGAGGAACACCCGGAGGCUGCCGCGCUCCCGCUCCGCUCCCGCUUCCUUGGCGCUCAGCUCUCCCUUCCCCGAGCCGGCGCUCGGGAAAACCGCGAGAGAAAACCCAGCAGGGACGGCUCCGCGUGGAAGCGACUCUGAACCCGUGGGAUGAGAGCGCGGGGUGGCCGAGGCGGGGACUUCAGAAGGACACCUCGACCCAAAUCCCCCUCCCCUGGGCUGGACGAGUUUUCCCGGGAGCUGGGAGGCUCCCGCUUUUCUUUGGGAUGGGGUUUGUUUGUUCUAAGCUGUUGUGGGAAGCACCUGUUGUCGCCUCGGGCCGCUGCUGACAGCGGGGACCCGGCUCGGUGUCACCAGGGUGGGACUCGAAUUCCCGAUUCCCGAUUCCUGGCGUUUUUUGCCGGAUGUGGAGGUUAAACAGGGACACGAGGGCUGCCGGGGUGGGUUUUGUAGGGAAGGUUUGCGGUGCCACGUCCGGCUCCUUCCAUGACUUAAGUUGCCUUCAAUUGUUGGAUUCGGGAUAUUUUCAAGGCCCCUCCCGCCCUCAGGGAUUCCCCCCGUUCCCUCCCUCAGGGCUGACUCUAUCCCAAAGCAAAACAUUCCCGCGGGGCGGGAUCCUCAUUCCCAGCCGCGGGCUGGGCUGGGGGGUGGAAUUCGGGAUAAGGAUCUGGUUUUCCAGCUCCAUCCUUCCCUGGGGAGCCAGAGGGGGUCCUGCUCCGGCCGCCCUUGGCAGCUCCGUGCCGGUGAAAUGUUAUCCCGGGAGUCUCGGAAGCCUUGGGAUCAGAGCCGGGCUGGGGAUGGUUCUGUUCCCCCACAUUCCCCCUUCCUACCCUGCGGACUUCCCAGCAGGCAGCAUCCCCCCCCCCCCGGAACGCUAAACCUCGGCUGCAAAAUCCCAGGAAAAUCAAAACAGAGGCGUUGCAGGAAUCGCAGUUUUCCUACGGGGUCGUUAUCCCGAAUGCCGGGGAGCCGAGGGUCGCGUCCAUGGAUCCCUUGGGAUGGAUUGAAGUGAAACCACAUGGAGCGAGGGCUGGAAAUCCGUGGAUGUGCCAGGUUUAUUUUAGGACAGUUUGGCUGCAGUGGGAAGGAGGGAGCUGUUGCGAUUCUCCAUAAUUAUCCGUGACUAUCCAGAAAGAGAUAACAAAAUAGAAAGGCGUCACUUGGGAAAAUAUCCAAGGAAAAAGGAAGGGAAAGGAAGGAUGAGGUUGGAGAGAGGAAAGACCUUGCUAAGAGGCACCAUCCCACCUGCAGGAUCUGCUCCCCGCGGACCUUUCCUCCUUAUCCAGCUCAAACCCCAGCUCAUUCCUGGGUGGAUCCGAGGUUUUGCCACCACACCCCCAAAAAUCUCCUCCUCCCUCCUAAUCUCAAAUUCCCACUGCGGAGUCUUAUCACGAAUUCCUCCCUCACGGUGUCGGUGUCGGAGUCCCGCGAAUUCCCGGGCCCCCCUGUUUUAUCCUCACCCCCUCGCCCCGGGGCCGUUUGUAAAUCCUUAUUUAUUUGUUGGAAUUUUACCCUGUGAGAUGGAAUUGUCUCGUGGAGAUCCCGUGUGGGCACCAAUAAAGCUUUGCCAGUCUGGUUUAGAGGAACUGCUCAGGGAAUGUUCUUUCUCCCCUUCCCAAAAAUUCCUCCGGGAAUCCAGGAAAACCCCGGAGCGUUCAGGGCUGGUUACUUCCCCAGUGGGAUUAAAAAGGAAGGAAUGAGCCAUAAAUAAUGGACAGCAUUUCAAGGGCAAAGUAAAACCCCAAAUGAGCUGCAAGUGUCUCGUUCCGCGCCGCCUCCACACGCUGUUCCUCACCCCGGCCUUCCGAGCCCACCAAAACCCGGUUCUCCUGCUUUGGUUUGUUUUGGUGGAAGUUUGGUCCUUGGGCGUGCUAAAAUCCUGGGAAUUUUGGGGAGGGGGGUGUGUUCCACGGGGUCUCAUUUUGCUGGGGACUCAGCAGAGCUGACGGCCCUUGGGAUUUUUCCCGGUGUCUCCCCCUCUCCCGGGAAGCAACGGGAACGUAUCGUUUAUUAAUCAUGAGGGCCUCGCGCUCCGGCACGUUUUGGGAUCCUCCCCACGCCGGGUGGAGGCUCCCGGCUGCCGGAAUCACGGCAAUAACCACUCCUCAAUCCACGG